AUGCAUCCACUCCUGCUCUUGUUGGCAUUGCUUCUGCCUGCUGGGGCCUGGAGGGAGGAAAUCAUCGGAGGACAUGAGGCCAAAGCCCACUCUCACCCCUACAUGGCCCUCAUUCGGUUCCUGAAUAAGAGAAAGAAGAGGUGCGGCGGUGUUCUUAUGCAGGAGAACUUUGUUCUGACAGCUACUCACUGCAGUGGAAGCUCAGUCAUGGUCACGAGUGGAGUGGGGCACAACAUCUUGGAACAGGAGAAGACCCAGCAGGUCCGCGAGGUGACAAGAACCAUCCCCCACCCAGACUAUAACCUCAAGAACUUCUCCAAUGACAUCAUGUUACUGCAGCUAGAGAGGAACAUCAAGUUGACUAGAGCUCUGAAGCCCCUCCGCCUCUCCAGAGGCUAGGACUGGGUGAGACCAGGACAGAAGUGCAAUGUGGCUGGCUGGGGGCACGUCUCCCCAAUGGGCACAUACUCAGACAAAAUACAGGAGGUGGAGCUGACCAUGCUAGAGCAUCGGGAGUGCGAAAACUGCUUUCAAAAUUAUUAUCACUGUGCCAUUCAACUGUGUGUGGACAAUAUGACAGAGAAGAAGGCUUCAUUUCAUAGGGACUCCGGGAGCCCUCUCGUGUUGAGUGUGAUCCAGGGCUUUGUCUCCUAUGGAAGAAAAGGUGAAACAUCUCCACAAGCCUACAGCAAAGUCUCAAGAUUUCUGCCAUCCCUACAG